CUCUUGCGGGCUUGUGAUUGGUCGGACAGGCAAAAUAUUUAAAAUGCUCGACAGUGAUUGGACUGUGGCUUACACAAGCGCUUGUGUAAGGCGGCUGCAUUGAAGUUGUGUAAGGAGCGAAUUUACACCGUAGAAAACAGAAAUCACACAUCAUUUUCCAAGCACUUUGCAAAAGACAAGUCACUUAUCGGAAAGAGCGCGGAGAUGAGGAUGAGGUGGGCGUGUCUUCUCGGUCUGGCUCUGUCAGCUCUCUCUCAAGCUCAGCCCAUGUUCUCCGUCACCACGGAUACGGUUCUGCCUCCUGAUGCUCUCCACAACCCCACCCAGCAGAAUUAUGGGAUGGCAGUGACAGAUGUAGAUGGAGACGGGGAUCUGGAGGUGGUGGUGGCUGGGUAUAACGGCCCAAACCUGGUUCUGAAGUACAACGUCACCCAAAACAAGCUCACGAACAUAGCGGUGGAUGACGCCGGUUCUCCGUACCACGCGCUGCGGGACCCGCGGGGAAACGCCAUCGGGGUGACGGCCUGUGACGUGGACGGUGACGGCAGAGAGGAGAUCUACUUCCUCAACACCAACAGCGCCUUCUCAGGUCGCGCGACUUACGCCGACAAGCUGUUCAAGUACCGCGACGGCCGCUUCCAGGACCUGCUCGCCGAUGACGUCAACGGGGGCGUGGCCAGUCGCACGGCGGGACGCUCUGUGGCCUGCGUCGACAGAAAGGGAACGGGUCGCUACUCGGUUUACGUGGCGAACUACGCCAGCGGUCACGUGGGACCUCACGCGCUCAUAGAGAUGGACGAAGCCGCCAGCGACGUCACGAAAGGCGUCAUCGCGCUGUCUGAUGUCGCGCGACAGGUCAACGUCAACAAGUUCACAGGUGGCCGUGGUGUGGUUGUCGGUCCGAUCCUCAGUGACACAAGCUCUGACAUCUUUUGCGACAAUGAAAAUGGACCCAACUUCUUGUUCAAGAACAACGGUGACGGCACCUUCACAGACGUGGCCUCCGAGGCGGGAGUUGAGGACCGAUAUCAGCACGGGAGAGGAGUGGCGCUGGCCGACUUUAACGGUGACCGAAAGACGGACAUCGUUUACGGAAACUGGAACGGCCCGCACCGCCUCUACCUGCAGGACGACCGGCAGAGAUUCAAGGUGACAGUCACGACGCCUCCCACGCAAGCCUUCUCCACACCGUCACCCAUUCGUACCGUCAUCGCUGCUGACUUCGACAACGAUCUCCAGCUUGAAGUUUUCUUUAAUAACAUCGCUUACCAAGGAGACGCCCCCAACAGAAUCUUUAGGGUAUCGAGGAAGCUGAACUCUGACCCCGAGAUAAGAGAGCUGGAUGCGGGCGACGCCUCUGAGCCUCAGGGGAGGGGCACAGGCGCCACAGUGACAGACUUGGACGGAGACGGCCUGCUGGACCUGCUGGUGUCUCACGGGGAGAGCGCCUCGCAGCCCAUCUCUGUGUUUAAAGUCAACCAGGGCUCGUCUGGUAAGUGGCUGCGCGUGACGCCGCGCACUCGCUUCGGGUCGUUCGCUCGCGGAGCAGAGGUGGUGAUGUUCACGAAACACAGCGGCGCACACACUCGCAUCAUCGACGGAGGGUCGGGCUAUCUGUGCGAGAUGGAGCCCGUGGCUCACUUCGGGUUAGGAACCGAUGAGGCCUGCAGCAUUGAAGUCUUUUGGCCGGAUGGUCGCUCCAUCGCUCGGCCGCUCGAGUCUGCUGAUAUGAACACAGUCAUUGAGGUCGCAUAUCCUAAUGAGGGGGAGGAGUCAGCGCUCACAUCCGACGCACAGUGUGGACAGGGGUUCGUCGUCAGCACAAACGGCCGCUGCGCCGGUAAGCUUGUCUGUGCAUUUCAUGCUCGGUUCACAAUUGCUCCAAAUUUGAGUAAAAACUUUCCUAAAAGCAUUUCUGUAGCUCUCUCGUAAUUCAAAACAACUUACGUGAUUUCACUUUAAACAUGGUUUUAAAUGUCACAACUAUCCAAAAAAUCAAUACAAAUAUAUAAGUACAGUUAAUGACUAUUUGCGCUUAGUGCCUUUUCUCAAUGGCAAGAAAAAUAAUAAUAAUAAUAAUAAUUUUCGACUCUGUUUAGCACAUUAAUAAAUUUAGUUUAGAUUUUGGUGCUCACAUUGGCUCAGAAGGUUUAAGCCAAAAAUAUAAAAAUAUUUAAAAUGCAAUGCAAACGUUGAUCUAAUGUCUUUUGCCAGUUAUCCCAGUACACGCUUCAUUAACAUCUGAAUAAUUAAAAACAUUGACAUUGUUUUCUCUCUCUCUCG